GCUACUCUGUUUAAAAGAUUAAAUGGCAUCUUCCUAUCUCCACACAACUCAUUUCCAAUCGAUCCAAAUUUCCAACCCAUCGCCAUGUCUGCCUUCACACUGCAAUACCCAGUUCACAUCAAUCCCGCUUCCCGCUACUCAUUUUCUAUCCAAACACUGCGGUUUGUCCUGCAUCCCUCCAAGUCCCACUGUUCACCUCAAAGUUACAUCCUCAUCCAUCCAUUCCUCACUCUCUUCCCCAAAUCCACCCAUCUCAAAGGAGGAGGCCAUAGUUCAAGCCAAAACAUCCCUUUCAACAACCUUAGAAAAACCCCUCAACAAUCCCAAACUAGUAGGUAAAUUCAAGAAACUAAGGCAACCCAAGUUUAGAGUUGAAAUUCCAGUUAUUGAUGACUCACCGGAUUCACUUUCCCAACUUGCUCUUGAUUUUUUUGGGGACAUACCCAUCAAAAGAAAAGGUUCUCCCAUUAAGAUCUUAAUCAUGUGGCCUGAUGCUAACUUAAAAGAAUCUGCCACUUCUGCCUUUCAGUCUCAUUCAACUAGCCAAGUUGAACACAUUGACAUUCCUUCAGUGACCAAAACAGACCCCAGAAUUUUGAAUUCUGCAGAUGUGGCAAUAUUUUUGGUGCCAGAGAGUUCCCAAUUGGCACUGAUGAAAAGAGUGAGCGAUGCCUUUUAUCCAAAGCCAGUGGUUUUGUUUAACCCAAAAUGGGCUUUUGAGGAAGAGAACAACUUUGGUGAUCUAAGUGGCUUUUUGGGUUCUUUUGAAGUGGUUUAUUCUUUUAUGGGGUUGGAGGUGAGAGGGAUCUUAAGCCAAAAAAAAGGUGUGAUUUUUAAGUGUGCGAGAGAUGGGGUUGUGAGUGGAGAGAGAUGGAAUGUUCUUGUAGAAGAAGGAGAAGAUCUGAAGGUGGUUUCCUCAUUCAAGACCAGGCCAACCAUUGGUGAAGUUGAGAAUGUGUUGUACAAUCUAAUGGCUAUCAAUUCGCCCAUAACCAAGUCUGCAAAGUUCAUCAGGGGAUUGGUAUCCAAUAUGACAGGGAAAAAAUAAAUGGAGCUGUUGCAUUGGUCUUCAGGAUCUCUGAUUCACUUUAAUUGUGGUAGAACAUGUUUGUGAAUAUGUCCCAGUGAUUAUAGGUGCUCUACUAUGACCAUUGUAUGAAGUAAGCAUGUUGUAGUACAGUAGUACUCAACCAAUUUUGAAUGAGAAUCCAAAUUACUUUUGAGGACUAUGCCUUAAGUUAUUGAUACUCUGCGUACGUAUACUUAUGAAACAUUUAGUGUGUUUAGAAACUAAUCAAAAUCACGUUAAACUACAUUUCAACGUAAAAGCUAUAGCUUUUAGCGUUGGAAUGGUUCUCUUUCAAGUGGAUUUGACGGCAUUCCAAACACAUUCCAAGAUACGACUGCUCGAAUCUGAAUUACAUAAUAAGAAGCUCUGAUGUUUGCUAUAUGUAGAUUGAAAUGAAAUUGGAUAAAAUGGUCCUUUGGUCUCUAUUUUCCCCUGAACCUCUAUUAAAUCUGAUUCUUACAAAAGCUUAUUGUUAAAAACUUGAGCUCGCAGGUUUGUUUUCCCUGAAAAAAAAAAUGUUGUUUCAAUAUAUAUAUUAUAUGAUCUACAAAUACUUGUAGUUACAAUAUGAAUUUAAGAGAAAAAGAAUCUGAGAAUUUCAACUGAAGAAAGAGAGUUAAAAGGCAAAAAAAGAUAAAAGCAUGAAAGGAGCAUCAUGGCAUAUCAUUGUUGUCUCUUUGUUGUCAAGGCCUAAUGCUUGGAAGAACUCUCACAUUUUCUUUUUCCAUUGGAUGCAAAUGCCAAUUCUUCAACUUAUCAAUAAGGUCAUGUUUUCCCAAGAUAUAAGCUAUGAUGCCCUAAUGUGACAGCUCUUGAUGAACUUAUCUGAGAAGUCAACAUACUUUGCCCACAAUGGCCUUAGUUGUGGAAAAGCUAUUUCUAGCCACGGCUUGGCCCUGCCAUUGAAAUGGACAACACCAGCACUCUCAGCAUCAGCAAAACUUGUAUUUUCUUGAUAACCCAAGCCCAGCAUAUGCCAGAAAGGAUCAAUAAUGUGGACAUGACCAUGAAAUGCUAUCAAUCCUGGAGGUAAUGUCCCUAGCUGCCACAAACUCAGGUCUGAUUUGAUAUUCUGCAUAAAGCAAACCGGAAAUAUCAAUCUUUUAUUAUAUCAAUUUUCACUUCUAUGGAAAGUCAAUUUUAAUGGCACAGUUUAAGUAUACCAUAAGUAGUUUGACCCCCCUCCCCCCUCUCUUUAUAGUAUUAUGGUAGAAUGGAAGAUACAUGUACCUGUUCAACCCAAUCAUGGUAAACAUUGCUUAUAUUGGACUUCCUCCAAGCCUCCAAAUCAAAAAUAUUCAUGCCAUAGGCCCAAGCACAUUCAUUGGGAUUAAAAUUUUUGGAUAUUAGAGGGUGGGAAAAGUUCAAAUAGCUUUUCAACCUCUUUGACAUCACGAACUUAUCUUCUCCAUUACAUGUUUCUACAGCUCCAUUGACUUUUCCAUUCAUGUCAAUGUCCCACAGAGGUGAAAGAUCAGUUUGUACCACAAUGUCAUCAUCGAGGAAGACCACCUUGUUAAGACUUGGAAACAACUGUUAUGAAAAAGAAAUCAUGGCGAUAAGCAUCACUCGUACACUAAAGAUUUACUUUGUUAUAAGCUAUCAAUAAAAGCUUUACUUGCUACGCUAUUACUAUUACCUCUGGGAGAUGUAUCCGAAUGUGGUUCAUCACUGAAUUAUACUUGGGACUAAGUGCUUGUAGUUUGGCUGCAAUAACAUUUGGUUUCUCAGUGGUAUUUGCAACAAUAGCUGAUGAACCCCCUCUAAACUGUGACCGCACCUUUUGAUCUUUCUCCAUUGCUUCCAGAACAGGCACCUUUCCCUUUGUCAACCAGUCAAAAUGGUGCAAUGCCUUGACCUCAAUUAUAGCAGGUGAUAAAGAAUGCAAUGAGAACCAAGCCUGCAUGGGAUAAUAAGUCUUUCUGUCUGUAAUUAUAUGCAGAACAACCUUCUGAGGUCUCAAACAGUUGCGAACAAGCGAUGUUGCAACCACAGACGCUGCCAACACAUUGUCUGAGGCAAGGACAAAAUGAAAGUAUGAAUUGUCAACCAGGGCAGGGACUAGUUCAGCGGAGGGUAGUUGAAGGCGUGCUGCUGCAUUGUUUGUGUGCUCAUUGGCCAGCCUCAAGGCAAGGCAGUGAAGUUGUUUUGGUAUGCUGCUAGAUGCUACAUGACGAUAUAGAUAUUCUUGGAUUUUGGCCAUCCUGGUCCUCUGUUCCAUAAGGGUUAUCUAGGAAAUGUUCAACUUCAUAGUUAAUGGACACUUCACCCAGGAAAAUAGUAAGAAAUGCAUGAAACUAAUUUUCUUCUAGUUGAAAAGAAUAGGAGAAUGGUACCAUUUCUCGAAGUUUAACUGCAAAUGCCUUGGCAUCAUAUCCACCUUCCUUCAUUUCAGUCAUGAACUCUUCUAAAGUUUGUGGAAUAUCAGACCUUCCCUUAAGCUCAUCUUUGCUAAGUGGUUCAUCCAACGUUUGGUAUAUCACUUCUGGGACCUAUCAAAAGCCAACCACUUUCAGCCACCAAAUUAAGAUUAUGAUGAAAUUAUUUGCAAAAUUGAUCAAGAUGGUGAUGAAUAUAAUUAGAAUUUCAGGAGAUUACUGUUGAUUCAGAUCGUCUUCCCAAAAUCCUUGGCCCUAGUUUUUUUCCAAGGCAACCUACAAAUAUGGCUUGAAGUUAAUAAAUAUGUCAUAUAUACUUACAUAAUAAACAUAUUUUCUGGAUUAUAAUUUAUAGCCUUAAUAAAUCAUGUGCUUGCUUGAAUUUAUAAUUUGCUAAUUCUGACGUUGAUUUUUUAUUACCAUUGUUUAAGAUCAUGAAAGUUUAUCAAGUGUCCACGUGAACUUGUACAGUACCUUAUCUACUUCAAAAUGGAAAUCUUGAAUGGAUGGUCAAGUUUACCCCGACAAUAACUAUUGACAAUCCUAUUCGAAUUAUACAAUACACAAGAUAGGGAAAGUCC